CUGGACAAUACGCGGUGCGUGUGGGGCAGGAAUCGCAUCGUGGUGGCGGCGGGGGAACAUGCCCCGGUGGAUAAGACAGCGCCAAACGUACAUGGAGGCAUGCAUGGCCGGAGCAAGGGAUACGCCUUGUCGUCAGUCAACGGACCACAUCACUGCUUGUUUGGAUACCACAGUGCACUGCUUCCAUAAAGACGUCCAAUAUUAGACAUCACUGCCUUCACAACCAAGAACCAACCCAUACAUAUUCCGAAUACAAGCAAUCACCUCUAUUCGGCCAUAAUGUCUGCUGACAAUGAUGCACAAGUCGAAAGGCUACCCCGGAAGCUGUGGAGCCCUCCUAAUCCCAAAGAAACACUGGCAUAUGCAUUCAUGCAAGAGAUCAACAAGAAACAUUCGACUGACCUCCAGACUUGGCCCGACCUUCACUCAUUCUCCGUCACUCACCGCUCCGCUUUCUGGUCCGAACUGCUGAAGCAACACCCCAUCAUUCACUCUGGCCGAUAUUCCCGAGUCGUUGACGAACAUGCCCGGAUGGACAGUCGUCCGAAAUGGUUCGAAGGUCUCUUGGUGAACUAUGCCGAGAAUGCCCUCUAUUGGCCUCAAGCUGGAAACCCCAGCAUCGCUACGACGCACCGCAAGGAAGACCACCGCAUAGCCUGUGUCGAGGUGCGAGAAGGUGCGACGGAGAUCCGUCCCUGCACAUGGCGGGAGAUCCGCGAGCGAUCCGGGCUGAUAUCGAAUGCAAUGCGGGCGAGGGGUGUGCGGAAGGGCGAUCGGAUUGCGGUCGUGGCAUCGAACUCGAUCGAUACGCUGAGCGUCUUUCACGGAGCGACCUCUCUCGGUGGGAUUUUCUCGAGCUCUGCGACGGACAUGGGCACAAAGGGAGUCCUGGACCGGCUGAGACAGGUCCGGCCCAAAUUUGUGUUUGUCGAUGAUUGGGCGUUGUAUAACGGACGGAAGAUCGACCUGAGGGAGAAGAUCCGUGAGAUUGUGCAAGGGAUGAAAGGUAUCGACGAGUUUGAGGCCGUGAUCAGUGUGCCGCGCACGCAGGACAAGCCUCUCGAUGUCUCGAAAUUGCAAAAGGUAGAGACGUGGGCAAGUUUCCUGGCUGCUGCGAAUGGCGACAAAACACUUCGCUUCGAGCGUGUGGGCUUCAACGACCCUUUCAUUAUCGUCUACUCCUCCGGAACGACGGGGAUGCCGAAAUGCAUCGUCCACAGUGUCGGAGCCGUGUUGUUGAACGGCAAGAAAGAAGCCGAUCUUCAUCGUGAUACUGCUCUUAAAGACCCCGAUGACAUGUGCCUGUUACAGUAUACUACGACCGGCUGGAUCAUGUACCUUACCGCCUGCGCUGCGCUCGUCAACGCCUGCCGAACCAUUCUCUACGACGGCUCUCCGUUUCAGCCCGAUCUCAAAAUGUUCCUACAACUCGCCAGCUCACAGAAAGUCACCGACUUAGGGAUCUCGCCACGUUACCUCUCCACGCUCGCAAUGGCCAAACCGCCCGUCUUACCUCGGGAGGUCGUUGAUCUCAGUCGACUGCGUCGGGUCAUCAGCACUGGCAUGGUGCUUUCAGAAGCACAAUUCGAAUGGUUCUACGACCACGCCUUCCCUGCACACGUCCAACUGGCCAACAUCAGCGGUGGGACAGACAUUGCUGCCUGCUUCUCCAUGGAUAAUACUAUGAUGCCCGUCUAUGCUGGAGGAUGUGUCUACGCAGGACUGGGCAUGAAGAUGGAGACCUACGAUCAGGAGAUCGAAGGUGGCCGUGGCGUGGUCGGACGCGCUCUGCCGUCGGGAGCCCCGGGAGAAAUGGUGUGCACACGUGCUUUCCCAACACAGCCCAUCGAGUUCUGGGGAGAUGACCGGGGUGAGAAAUACUUCGAUGCGUAUUUUGCGCGUUUCGACAAUGUCUGGACACACGGGGACUUCAUCUCGAUCCAUCCUCAAACCGGCGGUGUCUAUCUACACGGCCGCGCCGAUGGUGUAUUGAACCCGAGUGGUGUGCGCUUCGGCAGUGCUGAGAUUUAUAAUGUGCUCGACUUGCAUUUCCCGGACGAAAUUCAAGACAGCAUCUGCGUGGGACAACGUCGGCCGCAGGACCAGGACGAGAGCGUGAUGUUAUUCCUGCUUAUGAAGCCGGGCAAAAAAUUCACGCAAGAUCUCGUGGAUCGGGCGAAAGACGCUAUCGCUAAGGAUUGUGGAAGGAGAUGUGUUCCGAAAUAUGUCUUCGAAACUCCUGAGAUUCCGACGACUAUCAACUUGAAGAAGGUCGAAUUGCCUGUCAAGCAAAUUGUAUCCGGCAAAAUCAUCAAGCCGUCGGACACGCUCGCCAACAAAGAUUGCUUGAAGUACUAUUAUCAAUUCGCCAAAGUCGAGGAGUUGGUGCCGGUGAAGAGCAAGCUCUGAUCUCGAGAACGAGGAGCGAGAGGCUUUCGAUGCUUUCCACCCAGUUUCACGACUCCACCAGGGCGAUCGCACAGAAGCUGCCCAGCAGAUCAGGUAAAUGCCAUCGUCAAUCAAGGAGGAUAGUCAUGAUCAUCGAUGGUCCUCAGGCACGCUUGAAGAGGCACGGAUGAGGCUAAGACUAUUACAGUCCGUCAGUAGAAGUGCAUAACUACCUACCUUGGUAUAGACGAAUCCUCUCCUA